CUCUCUCUCUCUCUUCACUUUUUUUUCUCUCUCUCUCCUCCUCCUGGCCAAACCAAAAACUCUCUCCCUUUGUCUCAGUCAUUUUGCAGAAAAAAGAAAAACUUCUCAACAAUGAAGAAGGUUGUUCUGAAGCUGGAUUUGCACGAUGAUAAAGCCAAGAAGAAGGCCCUGAAGUUGGUCUCCACUCUCCCAGGAAUCGACUCCAUCGCGAUGGACAUGAAGGAGAAGAAGCUGACGGUGAUCGGAGCCGUGGAUCCGGUGACCGUGGUGAGCAAACUGCGAAAGUUCUGGCCGGCGGACAUAUUCUCCGUCGGGCCAGCGGUGGAGCCGAAGAAGGAAGAGGAAGGGAAAAAGGAGGAGCCGAAGAAGGAGGAGGAGAAGAAGGCGGCGGAGGAGCCGAAGAAGGAAGAGGAAAAGAAAGAAGGAGAGAAGAAGAAAGAGAUCAAUCCAAACGACGCCGCUUUGGAGCUGGUGAAGGCUUACAGAGCCUACAACCCCCAUCUCACCACCUACUAUUACGCCCAUAGCAUGGAGGAAAAUCCAAAUGCCUGCGCCAUUUGCUAGUUCUGCCAUUUUCAGGAGCUUGGGGGCAGUAAAAAUGGCGGUUCCACUUCCAUGUACAAAGUAAAAAAGUAAAAACAUCAGUUGGUUGUAUUAUAUUUAUAGGGGAUUAGGAUUAUGAUGUAGGUCGUGGGGUUUUUUUUUUUCUUCUCUCUUUUGGGUAAGUGAUUAUUUUAUUAAGUUUUAUGUUUAAAUUAUAUUUU